AUGAGAUUUACUAAGCAAGAUUUUGCUUUGAUGGCUGUUGGAGUGCUGUUUUUUGUAGCUGAUAUCGUAGCAGAUAUUUGGCAAGCAACAGAAUAUUUUUAUGAGGAACAUUAUUUGUGGGGUACCUUGUUAUUGGCCAUAGGACUUAUUUCAUCAGUAAUUAUCCAGUUUUUCAGUCAUGCCUGGUUUAAAGAAGAUACUAGUGGGAAUCUGAAAUGGAUUUUUCUUCUAUUGCAUUUCUUACAUGGUGGAUUACUUACCUGGUAUUGGUUUAUACUGAACUCUGGCUACAAGGCUGCAUUUCAAUCAAACAGCUCAGGCUGCACCAUCAUCAUUCAUGCAAAAGUAAUUGGUGAAAUGGCUGAUAUAAGCAUGCUCCGGCUAUUUAAGACCUUCUUGGAAAGUACACCCCAGCUUAUUCUUCAGGUAUAUAUCCUUAUGAUAUCUGAUAACUGUACCUUCAGUCAAUAUGUUUUCAUUGCCAUCACAUUUGGCAGCAUUUCAUGUGCAACUUUGGACUAUAUGAUAGCUUUAUGGAAAUCCUUGCCUGAUAAAAAUAAAUUUACUAAGAUAUCUUCCAAAAUAAUGUAUCUUUUGUAUUAACUGUUGACUUUGACAUCUGGGAUACUUAGCAUUGUGCUGAUUGCGGGGCUCAGCACUGCAUGUGCCAUCAUUCUAGUGGUUCUCCUUUGGUUCAGUAUAAUUUGGGUAUUGAAACAGCACACUGCAUUUUGCAAAACCAAAGCUGCAGAAAUUGUUUACAGGACUGUUGUGGGAAUCAUUCUUGUUUUCACCUUUUUUAAUAUUAAGGGAGAAAGGACAAAAAUUCCCAUGUCUGUUUAUUUUGUCAGUCGGGUGUUUUUAACCCUAGCAAUAAUGUGUAUCUGUAUAUUCUCAAAAUCAAUGUUUAGUGUGCAAGUAUACUUGUCAGCUGUGAUUAUUACAGUUGUUAUCACCCUAGUAUUAGGUAUUGCUUUUCUUUGUGUUUAUUAUGGACUUUUUCAUCCUACUAUUUAUUACACUCAAGAUGUAGUUGAUGGACCAGAUGCAGUUGAUGGACCAAGAGGUGAAAGACAAGAAACCUGUAGAAUAAGGACAUUCCUGAUGCAAUAA